AUGAAUACUGUUGGAAAAAUGGAGAAAAUAUGGAAUGAUUCAUCGCUGAAAGAUAUAUCCAUAGCAACCAGGGACCAUUUCACUAAGAAACUAAUAUACAGGAUAAUAAAUAAUGUAACAUUGUAUAUUCUUAUUGCACUUGAUGUCUACUUAAAAAUUAAAAGAUCUAUUUUUAUUUAUAUUAAAGACCAAUGUGAUAUCACCAAAGGAGAUUGUGUCGCAGAUAAUGAGAAGGAAGAAAAUAAUUGUAAUAAAAGUACUUGCUUCAGAAAACCUGACAGUUGUAAAGAUUAUGGUGAUGUUGACUUGUUUGGGAAGAACCAGAUAUACCAAUGUCACUGUAAACACCUUAGUGACUGUCAGUUCAGAAACUUUACGAAAUGUAAAAAUGGAUGCUUACCUGGAUAUAAAAAGCCAUAUUGUCAAAAACGAUGUCCACCACAAUUGUAUGGUAAAGACUGUAUCAAUGAAUGUCAUUGUUCUCGAGCGGAAUCAUGUCACCAAAGUACUGGAAUCUGUAACUAUGGCUGCGAAGAUGGAUGGUAUGGAGAGAAGUGUGACAUGCAAACAUAUGUUAAUAUUGCUCGAGGUCAAACUACAAAUCAAACAAGUAUAUAUGGAAUAAAAGGAACUACAGUCUUCCAUAAUGGAACUUGUGAAAAAAUGAAUAUAUCGAUGGCAUCCGACAAAGCAGUUGACGGAAAUUUUGAUCCUGGAUUCACGCAUAAAUCAUGUGCAAAUACUGACUGGGAAAAAGAUCCAUAUUGGGAAGUGAUGUUUGAUAAACCAUACACGAUAUACCAACUGAGAAUAUAUAAUCGAAUGGGAAUAUAUCGUAAGUAUUGUUAAAAAGUUAUUAAUGUUGUCGGUUCGUCUCAGUUUAUCUUGAUUCAGCAGGAUUAUUUUCGAAAGUGUUCCAGCCGUGACUCUCCUGUCAUUUUAAUGACAGUAU